AUGCGUUACAUUCUCCCCGUUGUUCUUCUCGGCGCCUCUGCCGUCGUGGCCGAUACCUUUGAGGACUACAUCAACGACAAUCUGCCCCAGUGCCUGCGCUCUUGCGCCACAGAGGCGAUCGAGUCUGCCUCUGGUUGCAGCAUCAGCGACACCGACUGCCUUUGCACCACCCAGAGCUCAAUGGAAGACGCUACUGCUAUGCUUGAGUCUUUCAUGACCGACAUCGCAGACUGCGCCAUGAACUCCUCCUGCGAGCUUUCUGAUCUCGAGGGCAUGGCCGACCUGGACCCCAAUGCGCUCACGAGCCAGGUUGAGGGUAUCUGCGGUGGUUCAAGCAGCAGUAGCAGUGAUGAAUCCACCGACGACACCUCGGACGAUACUAGCUCCAGCAACGACACCUCGGACGAUACCAGCUCCAGCAACAAUACCUCCAACAACACCAGCUCCAGCGACGACUCGAGCUCCAGUGAUGACUCUAGCAACAGCAACUCCAACAACUCCAACAACUCCAACGACUCCAGCGACGAGACUGCUGAUGACAGCACCCCUGCCCAGGACUCUGGGGACAAUGAUGAUGGUGCCAUGACCCUCUCCGGCUCUACUGCCAUCCUCGCUGCCGGUGCCAUGAUGGUCCUUGCUGCCUUCUAA